AGAGGAGCCCCCUCCCCUCCCUCCUCUUCUACCGACGGAGCCGGCUCCUCUAACUUGCCUCUUACCAAGUUAGGAGCCUAACAUAGCCCAUAUCCACCGCACAAAUCAGAUCCAAUGGCUCUCCUUUUCCCAGUACUUUCCUGCCGCUGUUGCCUUACCUCGAUUCACGCCGCCACUGCCUCUCGCUCGAUUCAGGCCACGCUGUAUCUCGCUCGAUUCAGGCUGCCGCUGCCUCUCCCUGAUCCAAGCCCCUGCAGCUGUUGCCCCUCCCUUUAUUCAGGUCGUCGUUGGUCCCCAUCACGGACGAGUGCGAGCUGGAUCGAGUUGAUGGCGGCGCAGCGAGGUGAAGGUGGGGCAACGCCGCAUGGAGGAAAGGGCAGGUUGGAUGGGCUCGCGCAGAGGAGAACCAGCAGCAGACCGACGAGCUCGGACGGCUGAUGAGGAGGCGAACUCGUGGGAAAGAAGGUAGCGCGGCGGCGUUGUUGGACAGUGAGGUGCUUCUGAAUUUUCCUCAAUCCUAUAUUUGUUGUCUGUAUCACUUCUUCAGUAUCACAGGAACAGAACACUCCUAUAUCUUUUGUUUGUAUCACUGCAUGUGAUUUCCUCAAUCAAGAAAUAUGUACACCAAGUUUGGUUUGAAAUCGUGGGUGAUUUUGAUUUGAUCCGUGGAGGAACUGAUGUAUCUAGGAAGUAAAAAAAGGAUCUUCCAGAAACAAAAUUAGUUGAACAAAAUUACAAGUUUCAUAUUUCCCCUACAACUUGAAGGUCUACAAAAGUUCAACAAUUGAAAGUCUACAGAAGUUCAACAAAAUAAUGAUUUUCUGAUGUUCUCCAAAGCAUCAUAAUUAGAAUAUAUCCUUAGGAUAUAUGCCUCCAGUGCAGGCUCUCGCACUAGGCAUAUUCAGUAGUUCAGUGAAGUUUGUAAUGUGCUCAUAUCCUCGCAAGUCUUCCUCAUUUAGAGUUUGCACCGUUGAAUGAUUUUCUUUUGUCUUGAACUCUGUUUUUUUCCGCUUUGUUAUCUGUUGCAAGUGAUAGUUUGAAUAUUAGUACUUGAGUAAACUACAUUUGAAUGGUACAAUGUGUCAAUGGUACCUUGGAUAAGGGUGGUGUGGUAGUUGUGACUGGUCCUAUCUUCUUUCUUUUGUAUUGCCUUUCAGUCCAAUCUUUCCGUCUUUUGGAAUUUUUGUCUGCCUUGUUAACUUCCUUCUUUUUUAGGCACGCAACAGCCAAGAACUUUUAAAGCAUGCGCACACAAUAUUCCUAGUCUAUCAAACUGACCACAACUGCAUGAUGAUGUUUGUUCCACAGGGUUACCAGUAACUUCCCAUUCUUCUUCAAAUAUUGGAUGCUCAAAAGGAUAUCCAAUUUUAACCAUGUAUUUGUAUUGUCCAUCUAGUGCUUCGGCGCAUGCUGAUAUAGAUCUCUGGUAUUCCUUUUGAAAAAAAAUCAAAUAUAGCAGGAGUAUAAAGUGUGCCGACUUGCAUCAACAUUGGGGUCUUCAUUUUGAUUCUUGAUGAUGCUUUAAGUCAUUGUUGAGACUCUCACUUAGCUGCGUGCUCCGCAUACCCAAGCAGAUCUAAGACCUGUACUUGGUUCUUCCAAUUCGGACACUCAUGCAUGAAGAAAUGUGAGAAAGAACAAGAAAAGGUGAGGAAGGAAGGAGAGAAGUGUGGGAGCUGUGGUCCUAGGGAGAAUGUGUGGGAGAUGUGGUCUUAUUUUGACGGUAAAGUGAGCAGAAGCUUUCAUUUUCCCUCCAAAACAGAGCAGCGGUGGAAGUAGUACAGAGCUGUAGCAAGAAGUAGUACUGGGAAAAGGAGAGCCAUCGGAUCUGAUUUGUGCGGUGGAUAUGGGCCAUGUUAGGCUCCUAACUUGGCAAGAGGCAAGUUAGAGGAGCCGGCUCCUCUACGGACGCCAUCGAGGUCGAGGGGCAAAGGGAACUACACAGAAGCAGCAAUGGAUGAAGGGAUGGAGCUUAAGGGGUGCGUUUGCCGGAUCAAGAGCUGCGCUGGCCAACUUCUGUCGAUGGAGGAGGAUCUGGUGACUGAUCUGGACGAUGACUCAUGGGACUUGGUCUGGAGGGACCUCCGGCUGAAAGCGACCUUCUUGUACAUUGAUCUGAGCCGUGUGAUCUCCCGAAGUGAGAACGAUGAGCGCAGGAAGGCGCUCACCCUUCUCGCCAACAAAUUCUUCUACUGCACGGAUGAGCUGGGUGAUGCGGUGACGAGCCGAAGCGUCCCCGUCGUGAAGAUGUGCUACAACGACACUGCUCAGGCUCUCCGUGAGUUGCUCGCGGCCCUUGCGCCGCCGCAGUAGCAUGUUGGGCUCAUGCCAUGUGGCCCUGUACUGCGAUGCGAUGCGAUGCUGUGAGGCAGGAUCAAGCAGACACAGCAUUUGCAUCUUCUGGAUAGCAAGGAAAGGAUGGAGUCGUGCCAGAAACUCUUGCAGAGGGAUGAGUCUUUAUGUAAGGAACGUAUGUGCCUGAAACUCACAUGGGCAUUUUCCAGAUGAGCACUGGCUAGAGCACCUGUGUACAUACAUGGUCCAAAUAUCUCCGCAGUUGAAGCAGAGCAAGAGAAAUAAUACCUAGCGUGUGGUUAUCUCCAGCAAA